AUGAAAUUGUCUCUACUAGUCUUAAGUCUCAUCAUCUUCAUCUUUGAUGUUAACGUGACCUUGACCUGCCCUUUGUAUACUUCCGGCAACGUCACGUGGUUAAAAAAUGACGUCAUUCUGCAAAACGGAAAUAAAUACGUCAUGAACCACGCGAAUAAAACUAUGACAAUAAAUAUGAAUCCUUUUGCUAGUGAAUCGGACUUGGGUCCAUACAAAUGUAUUUUUCUGGAUUCAUUCUUUAGCUUUAUUCUGAAAAGUCCUCCAACAAUGUUGAAGGCACCAAAACACCUAAGCCUAACAGAUGGAAACGACCUUCACCUUGAAUGUUUCGGCUACAGUUACCCACCCCCUGCAAGAGUGAAAUGGUCGAAAGAUGGCGGACCGGAAAUGACGUCACUCUCGGAUCCAAGGGCCGUGGCGAGUCUGGAAAACAAAGUGAACAUCGGGAUAGGGAGGCUGUUGAUCAGUGGGGUGGCAACGAGCGACCAGGGUUUGUACUCCUGCACCCUGGAGAAUUCCGUUGGGGGCAAUAGUUCAGAGAUCAUGGUCAGGAUAAAUAGUAAAUACGCUGCUCUCUGGCCCUUCAUUGGAAUUCUGGUAGAGGUCGUGGCCAUCAUCAUCAUCAUCGUCAUCGUGGGCAGGAAGAAGGCAAGGUCAAAGGUCGACAAUAAAGAAAAUUAG